GGUAGGUGCAUAAACAGACAAAGGAAUGGAACGUAAACUGCCUUCUAAUGUAGGCAGAUUACUUGUAUGAGAAUAAGUGCAAAUUAAACCGAGGGCCUUCCUUCGUUCUAUAUCUAUCAUAUUAUCUAACAUUGUAUCUAUCUGGCUUUGAUUGAAUACAGCAUCUACCUAUGUUAUAAUAUUCGCCUCGUCCGACCUUGUUUCCUCAUAUUUCCCUCCUAUGACUUUACCACUUUACCAUUUCACUACUCCACAACUCUACAUACAAGUGAACACUCCAAGACACGUUUACUGCCACUUUAGAUCUUUUGUUUCUUAUUAAAGGAAAUAGGUCAUAUUAGAAACAAUAUCUUAUUCACAAUUGCCAUUCAAGAGCCACACUUGGGAAAACUCACCAGGUUUCUUUGUUGUUUUCUUGUUAUUUUCCAUUCACAUUGUCUUUCAAUAAGGGGUCAUCUUGUCCUUGACGGCAACUACGAUUGACAUUUAUAUCCUUCCUUUCGUAUUUAAGGUCAAGGUAGUUGCUCGACGCCUACCGAAGUACCUACUUCCCCGAUCAAUCAACUUAAACAAUCGUGCAAGCGCGACCUACCUACCUGUACAACCACGGAAGUAUUUAGUCAAUUUUAUCGCAAAACUCCGAAAAUGAAUAAACUCGUCGCAACAUUCCUCACUUUAACUGCCAUGGCCUCCGCAACGCCAACGAAACGGAGUUGCAAAGCGCCCACGACAACUAAGCUUGUCAUCGGCGCUCCUUUCCAGAUCUUAACUGCCAAUUUCGACGGCAAAAAAUUCUCGAUAACUGGCAACCACACUGAGGUCGGAGCUGCGCCUAGUUGGAUUCUCAACAGAGACCCGAAUACCUUCUAUGCGGUGAACGAGAACUCCAAUGAUCUCAGCCUUUUCACUCUUGACACCAGUUUGAGCAAAAUCAACCUUGCAUCUAGCGUCAAUGGCUCUUCUGGAGUCGUCUUCCUGGAAUUUAACUCCGACAAGACGCGCAUGAUCGGUGCUGCCUAUGGUAACGCUACGGUAGAUGUCUGGGACGUCUCCGCCGCUGACCACACCCCCAAGCUCUUGAAGACUGUACCCGUCCCCGGUACGCCUAGUCCUGCACAGGGAGCCCACCACCCUCACCAAGCUCUACUAGACCCUACCGGACGCUUCUUCGUAAUCAACAACCUGGGCGGAGACACCGUUCUCGUUCUCGAUAGCAAGGACGAUAAGUUCGAGUUUACGGGCAACGCCACUCUCCCCACCGGAACCGGCCCGCGCCAUGGCGGUUUCAUCACGAACGGCGAUAAGCACUACUACACGCUAGUGAGCGAGCUGUCAAACAAGCUCUUCCUUUUCGAGCUGAAGUACACUGCCGACACUAUCGUCUUUAACCAACUGCAGGUGCAGAGCACCUACGGCGGAGCGCCCCCGGCCAACGCUAGUUCCGCAGCCGCCGGUGAGCUUCAGGUAGCGGCUAACCAGCGCGACGUUUACGUGUCGAACCGAAUCAGCGGUAACGAGACAGACAGCAUCGCGCACUUCGUCUUCAACAAGAACGGCACGAGCCUCGACUGGGCCGAGACCAUCUCCACUGGUGGUCUGCGACCUCGUAUGUUCAGCCUCAGCACGGAUAGGCAGCAGACCAUGGCUUUCGUGGCUAACCAGGGCGGCGCUGCCGGGCUAGCUGCAUUCAAGCGUUCUCCCGACUCUGGUAAGCUGGACCCGACGCCCGUUGCGACGAUGCCUUAUUCGACUCUGGUUGCGCCGGCACUGGCAGCGACGGACUUCAUGGGACCUCAGUUUGUGCAACAGAUUUGAGAAUGAUUUAUUAGCACAUACUGCCGGACGGGUUUAUGUAAGAAAAAGCAUUGAUUGCAUCGGCUGUGGCGUUUGGGUUUGAUGAUUAGCAGAGCGAAUUACUUUUCAAUUCUUGUACCUAGCCCUCAGAGGCAUUUUCAAUUGAUCUUCUUUCAUCUUUCUGA